GAAAGGAAAUUAAAUGCACACACACAGAGGUACACGGAGACGGGCGAUUUGAAAAUAUUCCUGAGAACGCAACUUGCGCUCAUGCAGCGCAGCGCCACAUGAAAGAGACUCCCUGAAGAGCUGGCUGGCACAGGUUUAUUUUGUUGUGAUAUUUCCUUCCACCCCUAGCUCUUUACCCAGUGGAAUGAUACCCAGAGCAAGUUUUUUGAGACAGGAAGUGAGGAAUGUUUUCACUAUGAGUGAUCUGAGAAGAAGGUGGGUUAACCGAGAUAGCAGCUGUUUCGGACAAGAAGAGCACAGUAAGUCAGUUCCUGAGGAAAACAGAUGAGAUGGCUCCGGGAGAAAACGUCUUGGAGCACUGGGGUUUUUUUCCGGCUACACGUACGUGAAAGGAGAGGCGGUGUCUUGGAUCGCUGCACAAGGAUUCCAGUGGAUGCCCCUUCUACUUGUCUCUUGGUGGAAAACUUGCUUGUCUUUAAUGGAUACUGCUGCUGGAGGUUGAUCUCUGGAGACUUUAUAGCUCCUUACCUUUUGAGAGGAGAUAGCUUCUUGUCCCCUCUCAAGGUCACGGUGGUAGCUCUUGGUCAGUGACCAUCUGUGAGGGAAGAAGAAGAUGCCUCUACCUUUUGGGUUAAAACUGAAACGAACUCGACGUUACACGGUGUCCAGCAAGAGUUGCUUGGUGGCUCGUAUCCAGCUGCUCAACAAUGAAUUCGUGGAGUUCACGCUCUCGGUGGAAAGCACGGGCCAGGAAAGCCUGGAAGCAGUGGCUCAGAGGCUUGAACUGCGGGAGAUUACGUAUUUCAGUCUAUGGUAUUAUAAUAAGCAGAAUCAGCGCAGAUGGGUAGAUUUGGACAAGCCUCUGAAAAAGCAGCUGGACAAAUAUGCCUUGGAGCCAACUGUGUAUUUUGGAGUAGUGUUCUAUGUGCCUAGUGUUUCUCAGCUUCAGCAGGAGAUUACCAGGUAUCAGUAUUAUUUGCAAUUAAAGAAAGAUAUUUUGGAGGGCAACAUUCCAUGCACACUGGAACAAGCAAUACAUCUGGCUGGUUUAGCUGUUCAGGCUGAUUUUGGAGACUAUGAUCAGUAUGAAUCUCAGGAGUUUCUGCAAAGAUUUGCUUUGUUUCCAGUGGGCUGGCUACAAGAAGAAAAAAUACUGGAAGAAGCAACACAGAAAGUUGCCUUGCUACAUCAGAAGUACAGAGGCCUUACUCCUCCUGAUGCCGAAAUGUUAUAUAUGCAGGAAGUAGAAAGAAUGGAGGGCUAUGGUGAGGAGACCUAUCCUGCAAAGGACAGCCAAGGAAGUGACAUAUUCAUUGGAGCAUGUCUUGAUGGUAUCUUCGUAAAACACAAAAACGGUCGUCCUCCUGUUGUCUUUAGGUGGCAUGAUAUUGCCAACAUGUCUCACAACAAAUCCUUUUUUGCAUUAGAGCUGGGAAACAAAGAAGAGACAAUCCAAUUCCAAACUGAAGAUAUGGAAACAGCAAAAUAUGUAUGGAGGAUGUGUGUGGCUAGACACAAAUUUUACAGACUAAAUAAAUGCAGCCUAGACUCCCUGGACUCUCCACCUGAGGAGGGCUCUCAGAAGUCUUCCCUCAUUCUUUCCCUUCCACGCUUUCCAAUCCUUUCUCGUCCUUCACUUCCCAAAGGACAAACCCAGCCUGUUACAGUGAAUCCUGUUAGAAGGCGGUCUUCAUCUAGGAUGUCUAUGCCCAAGCCUCAGCCUUACAUGAUGCCUCCACCACCUCAGCUGCAUUACAAUGGUCAUUAUACUGAACCAUAUGCAUCCUCCCAAGAUAACCUCUUUGUGAGCAAUCAGAAUGGAUACUACUGUCACUCUCAGACUAGCCUGGAUAGAGCCCCUCAUGACUACAGUGGUCGGAUCCGCAAUGGUAGUGUCUAUAGUGCACACAGCACAAACUCCUUGAACAAUCCACAGCAUUACUUGCAGCCAUCCCCCAUGUCCUCUAACCCAAGCAUUACUGGAAGUGAUGUCCUCAGACCUGAUUACGUCCCAUCACACAGACACAGUGCACUCAUACCACCUUCUUACCGCCCCACGCCGGACUAUGAAACUGUGAUGAGACAACUCAACAGGGGAAUGGUGCACACAGAUAGGCAGAGUCAUUCAAUGAGAAAUCUUAACAUUAGCAAUUCCUAUGCUUACAGCAGGCCUGAUGCCUUAGUUUACAGUCAACCUGAAAUACGAGAACAUGCUCACUUCACUUCCCCACAAUCUAACCACUAUCCAUUUAACCUGAACUACAGUUUUCAUAGCCAGUCCCCCUAUCCCUAUCCUGCUGAAAAGCGCCCAGUUGUUGGGGCAGUCAGUGUGCCUGAGUUGACAAAUGUGCAGCUCCAGGCUCAGGACUAUCCAGCACCAAAUAUAAUGAAGACCCAAGUCUAUCGACCACCUCCCCCGUACCCGUACCCAAGACCGGCAAAUAGUACUCCAGACCUUUCACGACAUAUCUACAUUAGCAGCAGCAACCCAGAUCUUAUCACAAGGCGAGUGCACCAUUCUGUCCAGACAUUUCAGGAAGACAGCCUGCCUGUGGCACAUUCUCUCCAGGAAGUCAGUGAACCUCUAACAUCAGCACGCCAUGCUCAGCUGCAGAAAAGGAACAGCAUUGAAAUAGCAGGCUUGACUCCCAGCUUUGAAGGAAUAAGAAUUAAAGAGAGGACCAUGUCAGCUUCUGCAGCAGAUGUGGCUCUUCCGAGAGUUAUUUCAGAAGGGUCACAGCCCAACAUUCUGAUGGAGAGAAAAAAGCAAAAAGAAAGCGAGCAAGAGGAAAGUGUGAACUGUGAUCAUAAGAAAACCCUUUCAGAUGCCACUAUGCUGAUUCACAGUAGUGAGGAGGAAGAAGAAUUUGAAGAAGAAAACAAGGCUAGUUCAAGUCUUUCUCCUCUCCCAGAAGAUCAAACCCAACUUUCAUCUGUUAUGGGUGGUUAUUCCCAUGAUUCAGUUCUGAACUACCCUUACAGCUCCAUUCCUUCAUCUGCUGGCCCUUUGCAUAUUCUUGAGCCUAAAUUACAUAUUACAGAGACAGAAAAGAGAAUGAAAGAUAUGAGCCCUGUCCAUUUACUAGUAGAAAGCCAGGUGCAGAGAAGAGGGGAAGGACUGCUUACUCCAUCUAUGUCGGAAUCUGAUCUUACAACAUCAGGGAGAUACAGAGUAAGGAAAGAUUCAGUGAAGAAGAGACCUGUGUCGGAUCUUUUGUCUGGAAAGAAGAAUAUUGUGGAAGGCCUUCCCCCGCUAGGUGGCAUGAAAAAGAAUAAAAAUGAUGCAAAAAAAAUAGGGCCUCUAAAGCUAGCUGCCCUAAAUGGACUAACCUUGACUAGAAUGCCUCUGCCAGAUGAGGGAAAGGAAGAAUCAACAAGAGCAACAAAUGAUGAACGGUGUAAAGUUCUGGAACACCGGUUAGAGCAGGGGAUGGUGUUUACUGAGUAUGAGCGCAUUCAGAAAAAAAGACUCAUAGAUGGUGAGUGCUCAAUAGCUCGGCUUCCUGAAAAUGCUGAAAGAAACCGGUUCCAGGAUGUCCUUCCUUAUGAUGAUACCAGAGUAGAGCUAGUCCCAACCAAAGAAAAUAACACGGGUUACAUCAAUGCAUCUCAUAUCAAGAUCUCCGUUGGCGGCAUAGAGUGGGAUUACAUUGCUACGCAGGGCCCUUUGCAGAACACAUGUCAGGAUUUCUGGCAAAUGAUCUGGGAACAGGGGAUUGCCAUCAUAGCUAUGGUGACAGCAGAGGAAGAAAGCGGGCGAGAAAAAAGCUUCAGAUACUGGCCACGUCUUGGUUCGAGACACAACACUGUAACUUAUGGAAGAUUUAAGAUAACCACACGAUUCCGUACUGACUCAGGCUGCUAUGCAACUACGGGUUUGAAGAUUAAACAUCUUCUCACAGGACAGGAGAGAACAGUUUGGCAUCUGCAGUAUACUGACUGGCCAGAGCAUGGCUGUCCAGAGGAUUUAAAGGGAUUUCUAUCAUACUUGGAAGAGAUACAGUCAGUGCGGCGCCAUACGAACAGCACUGCGGAUCCUAAAAACUCCAAUCCUCCUGUACUGGUACAUUGCAGUGCAGGUGUGGGACGAACAGGAGUGGUCAUACUGUCAGAGAUCAUGAUUGCUUGCUUGGAACACAAUGAGAUGCUGGACAUCCCACGGGUUCUGGACAUGUUGAGGCAGCAGAGAAUGAUGAUGGUGCAGACUCUUUCGCAGUACACUUUCGUCUAUGGAGUUCUUAUUCAGUUUCUCAAAAGUUCUAGACUUAUAUAAUCCGUGCCACUUCCUAAGGGACACUGCAAGAGUUUACAGAAAGAAAAUGAUGGUUGUCCAGGCAGACCUGCUUUCACUGGUGUUUUCUUCAUAUGAGGAAUCAUGCAGUUACCUUUUAGGGCUGGUAUGUGACUGUUAAAUGCAAGUCAGUGUUAACAGCCCCUGCAAAGCAGGAUCUUCACUGGACUAAAUUCUUCCCAUGUUCAAGCUGCGGUCAUAUUAGAGAAUGAUUUUACUUGUACUGGUCUGAAGUACUUGUGUAUGUUCUUUAGAGUGGUGUUACUCUGGGAAGAAUUCUUAUGGAAUGAAAGUACAUGGCACACUUUGAUUAACAUUAUGUUUUAAAACAUAACUGUUAACUGUGGGAAAGCUAAAAUUUGUAAAUGCACGUAGGGUGAUAGACCUGUUCCUUGGGAAUGUCAAGGUCUUCUGCAGUAUAAUUCUGCUUUCAAUUUUAUAUUUAGAACAAUACAUCUAUAUUUUUUAAAAUGAACUUUUGAUUUCCUCUGGUUUACGCAGGAAAAUGAGCAGCUCUGUUAUUUUUAUAUUUUGCAUUUUUUAAUAAAAAAAAACCCACACCAUGAAACGCCAUAAUCCAAAACUUUUUAAACAGCAUAUUUUCAGAGGAGAAGACUGACAGUGGUUAAACUAACUUUUCAAAAAUCAUGCAGAAAAAACUAGGGGAAGCUAUUGGUAGUUAGUUGUAGUGCCAUGCAACAGAACUGAGAAGUGAAAGAUGAUGUUACCUGUUGAUAACUUCCAUUUGAGCAGAGGCGUGUUUACCUGCAACAAGAAGGGGAAAAUAAUUAUAAAAGGUUAUUGGAAACAAAUGGAUGAGAGAAAGUACAUAUUCAGUAUUAUUCAUAUAUUUAGAGGACAGUUUGAUUUUACUGGCUGAAAUCAAAGUGGAUGCAAAUGUUUUAAGCACUUUUUUUGCUCUGUUAUUUAUGUAGUUAAACAUAGAAACCAUAAUCACGCAUUGUUUCAUAUGGUAAUAUACCAUUACUAACCUGUUAUUUUAGGAAGAGCCUUUUAAGUUGAUGAAGUGAGAGAACCAAAACUGGAGUAAGAAAGUGCAUAGGAAGGAAGCGGAAAUGAUGGUAUGAAACCUUAUGGAGGAGGUGUGGCAACUGUGAUUGCUGAUUUACACGGUGCAAAAAUGACAAUUGAAAAUGUUUAUGUUCCCAGUCAAGAAAUCCUUUAAAGUAUGAGAAGUUUCUGUAAAAUCCUCCAGGUUCUUUUGUCAGUACUAGGACAGAUUUUGCUAAAUCUGUGCAGUGUUGCAGUGAAGAAUAUCCACAGAAGCUGUCUGAAAACAUCUGCAGAAUGUAAGAGCACUUACAGGUAACAGUGGAGAUGUGGGUAUUUUAGAAGCUGUGUAGGUGGCUAAGUCAAUGGCUGUGGCAUGGACCUGAAGAUGACUCAUACCUCUGGUAGUUUCCAUUUUGUCCCAUCAGUCUGGUCUAAUUACAGUAUCCCUAAAUAAUCCUCUGCCUGUGGUUUUCAAAUGAGGACAAUGUGGUUUUUUAAAUGGGGACAGUGUGGUCUUACCUGCCUUUUCAAGUGUUUUGAGAUGCUGACUGGAAAACCCUAUUUAAAAGUGAGCUAUUUGAUUUCAUUUUUUAAAAACCCAAACCUGUGAUAGACUAUUUUGCAGGGAUGUUUAAGGUGUCCAUUUCCUGUGAUACCUGCUUAGCAAAACUAAACGAAGCUGAAAACUAUUUUUAUCACUGGUGAAAUUGUUAUUUUUCUGAGCUAUAAUAAGGAUUUGGAAGCUAUUUUGAAUAAUUAAGCCCCCCUCAAAACAAUAAUAGUAUCCAAAAACAUUAAUGAGGAAUAAUAAGUAGGUUUCCUCUGUAAUAAGUGACUUCCACAAAGAAAAAAAACCCACAUGGUCCUAAUAACAUUGUGCUAAUAUGUCUUUCUAUAUGGAAUGUAUUGCGUUAAAAUACACCAUAUUAGUGUAGAGCAUUUGGUCUGCCUUUAGGCAGUCUGAAUUGUUCUGCUCUCAGUGAAAGUAACAUUGCAUAUUUCAGAUGGGGAAAGACAUUUUUCUCUUCAUAAAAUCAUGAAUGGUUUGGGCUAUAUUAACUGCCAAAUGUAAAACUGGAAGUCCAGAAGAAACCAGUUAGUGCAGACUGAUUCUUUAGGUGUAAAUCUUGCCCAUAAGCAAAUUUAACAUAUUGGGGUUAACAGAAGUAUUGAAAGAAAUGAACAUACUUAGCUAUUUGUAUUAUGCUGUGUUUUAAAAACAUUGCUUUUUUUUGCCUCAGUUCACUUCUAUUUUCAGAAAUAUUUUUGAAUGGGAAGGUAUACUCUAAAAUGUGGCUUGUGCCAUUUCCACUUCUAAACUUUGGACUGUGAUCUCCAUAACCAGAUAUGUGCAGCUUUUAAUGAAAUUAUAUACAACCACAAUGUCAAGCAACAAUUUUUAGCUGUUCUGCAGUUCCUGGGACAGAACAUUAGCUGUGAGGCAUUAAAAGGAGCAGUUAAAAGAAGCAAUUUAAUGCAAAGCUUACAGGAUUAUCUGCAGUAGGUGGGGAAACAAGUGUCUUUUGUCUUCCUUUUCUGUUUUGUUGAAAUAAGUUGUGUUCACUUUUAGAGGCAGUUGGAUGGUUGCUCUCUUAUCUGGUAGUCACAGUCUUGAUUUAUUUUUUUAAGUGUAACACUGCUACCUCCUUCACUUCAGCUUUCAGUUCUGUCCAUCAGCAGUCUGCUUUUGCAUUAAUAGACUUGACUUUAAUAGAUUGGACUUUAUGGGAGUGUACCUCCUGAAGACAGCAGGAUUGCUUUUGUGUGCAAGCAUAUAGCUCCAAGCAAGCACUGAAAAUGAGCAAUUUCUCUUCUCAAGAUACCAAAUGAAAAUAAACUUAACAACCUCCUGUAACGAAUUUAAUUUUGAAACCAUUGUUUAGAUUUUCAGUCAUCUUUUAAAAGAAAUUUCAGUUUUUAGCACUUUGCGCUGAGCCUUGAAAAGGGAUUCUUUUUCACAUGUAAUUGUUCUGAGUGCUUCAUGAAGUGUUGGACAUUAGAACAUCCACUGUCCAAAACCAGUCACAGUGUGAGUCAGAGGUAUAUCUAUCUGUCAAAAGCUUAAAAUUCCACCGAAAACCUGUCCAUUUUGCCAAAUGUGCUUCUGUUUUAUGGGGAUGAAACUAGAUUAUUAUGCAAGAUUUGAGCUGAUCUUUUUUAGUAAGAAAAGUUGUAUGAAGACAUUUUUGCAGUAAAUGGGCAAGAUGACGCUGAUCUCUAGGGAUGUCAGAGCUCUCAGGGAUAAAUAAAGGUGCUAUAUGCUGUCAGGAGGCAGAUUUGACUGUCUUUAGUGGGCUAGGUGGAAAAUGCUUUUUAGGAUCAAAUUCUGUGAAGAGUCAGGAGAAGAACCCACAGAUUGUGGCGAGGGCUUCUGCCCAUUUGAUUUCUUUGUUGGUUGCUCUGAUGAGAGAUUUUUUGGCCAGUGAAUCUUUGUACUCUUGGGCUAGCAACUCUGAGAGCCUAAGUCAGAGCCCUGCUCGUUGCAAAGAUGUCACUGACUCAGCAGACUUUGCUGUAGGCUGCAGAUGACUCCUCAGCCCAUUCUGUGAGGGAGAAGCUCUGUGAUCCACAGGGGAGUUUUGCAUAGCUUUUCUGCAGCUUUUCUGCACAGCAGUGCUUUCCUUUUUCUGCUGUCCCCCAUGAAGAGCAAGAAAAGUCUUAUGCCUUAGUAUUGUUCUCCUGGUGAUACCUUUUGCACAAGUGCAUGGUCAAAGCUACAAGCGCAGGGUGCUGGUGUUAUACCUAGAAAUACAUUUAAUUCAAAGCAGGUGAGCAAGGCAGAACUGUAAUUUCUGUGAAUGAAAAGCUGCUCUAAGUUGUCACAAAAAAAUAGGAAAAAAAGCAGAAGAAAUAACCAAAACCAAGUAAAAUAAAUGUGUACUAAAAUGAAAAAAAAAAUCUUGGCAUUUUGGGAAAUUUCUUUUUGGCUUCUCUUGUAAUCCUGUGUGUUUCUUUCAAACUGGAUGACGUUUAGAGCAAUUUUCUCCAAAAAUAGCUUCUCAAAUGUAAUAAGUAAGAUGUAAUAAGUAAAUGUAAUAAGUAAAUGUAAUAAGCACACCUGUGAGUGCUGCUACAUUUUUCUUGUUGGAGCAGCUGUUAAAGUUGAGUGGCUUGUGUACUUCAGUGGCCUCUGGACCAAACUUGGGAAUUGCAGGGUCGUUUAUCCUACAAGCUCACUGGGUAUUGAGACCUCAGUUCUAACAUCAGUAGGGUUCAUAAACCAUGGACUAAAAAUAGUGAAUUUGUUACUGUAUUUCAAUAGUAGGUUCAAAUUAUUAAUUUAAAAGAAACGACUUCAGUUGCUAAGAUCUCUGUGCUUUUAGAGUUUAGGGUUUGUUUGGUUUUCUUUUCAGUACUGCAAAGUCAUGCAAAGCCAGAGUCCAGUUCUGCAAGAUGCAGAAUUCCUGCAGUUCUUCCUGAUAUUGUAGGAAUUAAAAUGGGCUGCCAGUUAAACCCUGAGUCCUUAAAACAUGGAUGCUCACAUGUCUACUUUAAAUUUAAAUACAGAUUACAAGAAUUAACCAAAAGAAUGCAGAAGGAAUGUGCAAGCAUGAGGCUACAGCAUCCAAAGGAAAGGUAGCUGAAAUAGUUUGGGAAAAAAAUCUCUUGUGUAACUACAAAAUGUUGGAAGUAAAGAGUGAGGAUUUGAGGAAUGGCUGAAGGCAUUUGGAGAUUGAUUUGGAAUGGUUUGUAGCCACAGUAGAACUGCUAGAAGGGUUUGAUUCAUAUGGUAUGUUUUUCAUGGCAUGGCAGGGUGAGUGAAGAUGUAGUUAUAGGUGUUAUUUUUCCUGGCUUUUUAAAAUGUGAUUUUUAAAACUCCAAAUAUUUUUUCAGGGGUUGUGUUAUUUUUACGUAUCUUCUUUUCCAAAUGUGUUUAAUGCAAUCUGUCAGCUCAGUUUCUGUUUACUUACUAAAGGUCAGAUUUUUCAAACCGUCGUCUCUGGUUUUACACAUGCAAAAUGCAGGGGGAAUAGGCACACAUGCAAGUUUGUAGUUGAUGAUUUCUAAUGGAUGCAGGUUAGAUGAUUUGAAAAUCUACAUAAUUGAUGAAUGCAGCCAGGUUUUUAAAGUAGUUGUCAAUUGCACCAGGUUAAGGCAGGGCUGAAAAUCAGGCCCUUGAAAUGUGGAAUUCCUCUGUGCUUAGACAUUAUUUUGCAGUGCGGCAUUUGCAAGGCAGUGAUACUAAUACAACAGUGUGAUGAGGUUAGGGAAAAAAUCUUAAACUUCUAACAGCAGUUUCAAACAUUUCUGUAAAACAUAAUAAUUCUUUGUAAGAACCUGUUGGGGACCAGCUAACUUGAUGUAUUCUGUUGGCAUCAUGUGUUACUUCAAGGUCUACAGGGGCUGAAAAAAAAAAAAAAAGGAUUUGUUAACUUCAGUGAGCGUUUAAAAAAAAGCAGUUGCUAAAUGACCUUUGGUUCUGUUCUUUGCUGUUUUCCAUGCUGCACUCAGUGGUGAAGAAUGAUCUCCAGUGUAUUUGUUCUUUAGAAGUCUGUUCUUCAGCUCUAAUUGGGGAAUGAAGGUAGAAAUCAAAUGCAAAGGAUCCAAUGAAUGGAGUUUACAACAGAUGCAGCCUGUGGCAAGUUAGAGAGCAAGCCUGUGGGUACAGUAAGGUUAUUUUGGUUCAGAAACAUGGCAAUCAAACUACCAAAUUCCUAAUUUUAUGAGCACAGUUCCAGAAGGUGCCUAGCUUUUAUAAAGGGAAUUUAAAUGCUAUUUUCCAUUUAGAAAUACUUAGGUAAAAUUAGGAUACUUUUAAAGUACUGUAAAGACUUUGCAAAUGCCAUUAAUUUUUAGAAUGGUAGGAAACUUGAUGGGGAAAAACCUUGUAAAAUCCUCCAGUCACCUUGCUAAUCCUGGGUAAUUCUGACAGACAAGGUGUAUAUGCUCUUAACAAGGAUAGUUUCUUAAAUUGCUUUGAAAUACCCAACGUUUCUGUCAUCUUUAUGGCUGAUCUGGGGGAGACUUGGAUGGAAAUUUUAGAGGCUUGGCCUGGCAAAUCGGUAAAUAUGUGCACUCCUGCACAUUGCUGAAAUCUCUUCUCUCAGUUAAAACAAAUGGGUGUUUGAAGUCCUUUCAGCAGUUUUGUAGGAUUGAGUCCUUGAUGUCAGAGGAAUUCAGGAUCUGGCUCCAUUUUCUUCUGUUUUCAUAUGAACCAGUAUGCAAGGAUUUAAAUAGGACUUUGUUUAAACAGUAGCAAACAUGAAGUAUUAUUUUCUAGUACUAAGCUAGUGGUUAACGUGUCUAUUUUUGCUGUCUUGCCACCAAUACUGUAAAAAUGUAUAAUCAAAACAGCUUUAAUUCUUGUAAAACUGAAAUUGGUUUGUAAAACAAUGUACAAAUUGUGUUUCAUAGAUGGAAAAGCUUGUAUUACUGAAUGUAAUAUAUGUGAAAUGAAUAUAUUAUAGUCUAUUUUUGCCAUGGAAAUAAAUAUUUGAAGCAAC